AUCUGUGUGUGUCCAGCUGUUUUGUGGGUGUGUGACGCCGUUAAGUUCGGUCAGCUGUGCAGCGGUAACCCGAGCAACAGCCGGAGGACGUCGGACAGAUGGGGACAGGGACACUACGGAGCCCGACGGGUAAACGGACCCCAUAGAGGUUUGGACAUCAAGUGCAGAGACGGCGCCGCUGUCUACGCUCCAUUUAACGGGAGGCUCAACGGGAAACUGACCGUCUACACCGACCCCACUAAGGCAGCCAUCAACGAGGGCAUCAACCUGUCAGGACAGGGUCUUUGUUUCAAGCUGUUCUACGUGAGGCCGGACCGAACCUCAGGAACGGUGAGGAAGGGGCAGAGGAUCGGCACCAUGCUGCCCAUGCAGAGGGUUUAUCCGGGAAUCACCUCACACGUCCACGUCCAGAUGUGUGACAAGAGCGACCCCACACCAUACUUCUGAUCUCCUCACUGAGGACCUGAUCCA